AUGACCACCACCACCACCACCACCCUCACCAAACCCAAGAUGAUCCAUCAAAACCAAAACCCACCACCAAACCCGACCCGGCUCCCACCAAAGCAGCUUGUUCGGAUCAUUCUUGCAGACGCCGACGCCACCGACUCCUCCAGCGACGAAGACAGCGUCGUACCCGGUGUCAAACGGCAUGUCAGAAAGAUCAGCCGUGAGCUCUCCUCACCUUCGAAUUGUUCCCGUCAUUCUAAGCUGUCCAAGCGACGCAGCCCGCCCGAACCCGACCCGGCUAGCCGGGAAAAGUUCAUAGGCGUCCGGAAGCGGCCUUGGGGCCGAUAUGCCGCAGAGAUUCGGGACCCGACUCAGAGAAAACGGGUCUGGUUGGGAACCUACGACACUGCCGAGGAAGCUGCCGCUGUCUACGACAGAGCAGCGCUGAAGCUGAGGGGUCCUCACGCCGUCACUAACUUUACCAUCCCCGUUAUAGCGGAGGAGACGGUUGCUGAUGAGGUGGUCCCCGCUGCGGGUUCGAGCCAUGUGAGUGAGAUUGGGGGAGAGGGAGGAGCUGCUGGUUGUGUUUCGCUUUGA